AUGGAUUCAGAUGCAUCAUCCCGUGUCGUGUCGGCUCCACCGGGUAAGAAGCGAAUUCCGAGAGCCUGUAGCGCUUGCAGAACAUCAAAGGUCAAAUGUGAUGGGAAGAGGCCUUGCACCAGGUGCAACAAGCUAAAGGACCCUGCUACGGAGAGACUCGAAAAUGUCGAAGCUGAGGUUCGGCAUCUCAGAGAGCAAGUGGAUGCUCUACGUGAUCUUCUGCAGACAUGUUCAAAUUCGGACGCUCAAGUUCCCGUCGCUGAGGGUCAGGUGCCUCGUAGAGAGCAUCUGCCUCCUAAUGGACUAGGCCCAGAUUGCCAUAUGUCCCCUGCUUCUCAGAUGAUGCUUCGGUCCACCAUUGUGCCUCAACUACCUGGGGCUAAUUAUGUAGAUGCCCCAGCUGGCGACCAGCCAGGGGUACACGGGCUGGCUGCGAGCCCUGGAGAAGUUUCUACCCAUUCUCGCAUGCAAACUAUCAUCACAGAAGCAGGUAGUGUGACAAAGAGGAAACGGUCUGGCUUCGAGAUACGCGACGAGCCAGUUGCAGAUUUUAUCUCAAAGGGCCUGAUGACGCCAGACCAUGCCAUUUCUUGUUUCAACACAUUUUUCCAAGGUUGCGACAGGUAUAUCCCGGUAUUCGAUCCCGAGUACGACACCUUCGAUUCGGUGCGCUCGCGAAGCAGCAUCCUACUCAACGCUAUCUGCACGAUAGGAAGCCGCAUCGAACCCAGGUUCAGUCCUCAGAUAUCCGAUAUACUGCACGCAGAGCUCAAGAAAUGGAUUAACGUCAUCAUCCAAAACAAGAGGUUAAAUUGCUUGGAGUCUGUCCAAGCAUUGCUCGUUGUUGCCUGCUAUUCUACGGAGCGCUCGUUGAUAUUAUCCUUCGCGACUCGAAUGGCGUUAGAUCUGGACCUGGACGAAGCUUUUGAGGAACUGACCCAGCUUAUGUCGAUGAAAGAAGUUGAGGACUUUUAUGGAACUUCUGGUUCUACAGAGGAAGAGCGCGGGUUGAUGCGAAAGUCCAGAACCUGGUUCGGGCUACUGGUCUUGGAGCACAUUUUUCGUGUCGAUGGCGGCAAACCGCCGGGCAUCCGAUUGCUUGGGAACUCACGUCGGUGUCGAACUUUGCUCAAACAUCCUUCAUCGACUGUUCUGGAUUUGCGUCUGUUCUCUCAAGUUGAGCUAAACGCCAUCAGAGCCAGUAUCAACGAUACCUUGAGCGGCAAAGAGACUCUCAUUCGCUCAGACAUCGCUGGUUUCGUGCAAGAGGUCAAGGUUGAACUUGAUCUCUGGUUCGAUGAUUGGUUACGCAUCAUCGAAGACUCGAUCCCCGCCGAAGCGGAAAAGCCGUUCCUCCUACUCGCACUGCGCGUACAGAAAUGCUGGGCCGAGAUGAUGCUUUACUGCAAGGCGCUGCGAUCAAUGGGCGUAGAGAACGUUGCGGCAAUGUCUCCCUCCGAGCGACAUAUCCUCGUCAUGGCCAAGGCAAGCGCCCGCAAACACCUGCGCCUGAUCAGCAGCGAGCCGGACUUCUACCUCGCGAAACUCAAAUACGCCAUGGACUUUGUCUGGGCUAAGUGUGCCUUCUGCUUCCUUCUCCUCCUCAAGCUCUCCCGUCUCCUGCCAGAACGAAAAGAAGAACACCAGGAGCUCCUCGAGCACGGGAACCGACUGCUCAGUGAACUGACCAAGAGUGCGGACUCCCACGGCAACACGAACGGCAGUAGUAAGAUCUACCUGCAGAUUCUCAAGAUCAGCGUCGAGAAAUACGGGCGGGCUGUACAGGAGAGCGGGAUGGAUGUCGACCAGGCGGCCAUGGUUCCCUUCUGGGAGCUGUUCGAUGCGCAGGCAGAUCUGCAGUCGUUUGUGCCCGAGCAGUUUGUGACCGAGUGGGAUUUUCCAGGCCUGAAUCUGUUCUAUUUUCCUACCGCGUGGCAGGAUUUCUUUGGGGAUUUUUCAUUGGCGAUCUAG